GAUGGCUCCAUUACAUUCCAUUAUUUUGCUAUCAUUUCAUUUGAGGAGAGUCAGUACUAAUCAGCCGUUAAAUUCUGAAAAUUGAUCAUACAGCCGAAAUAAAAUUGCAGGCACCGGCAUUGGUGGCCAUUUUGUAUCUUGUGUUUGAAUUCGUCUGGUUUUAAUGUUUUGAAAACAUUUUUUACUUAAUUUAAAACCAAAUUUUCAUCUGUCUUGCGUUACUUCAGGGCGAACCAAGACGAAAAAAGUUGAUUUUGAAAUGCACUAUUGAAGAAUACAUGUUCAUUGUCAGGAAUUUGUCACGAGUGCGACUCGAAAUUCGCUCGUACCUCGGCAGCUGCGUAUUUGCGUUUGUGCUGUCGGCUUUAAAUGGCUUCAGUAAGAAAGUAUGGAAUCUGAGUCCAUAUAAAGACAAAACGCAGAAUUAUAAGGCAUACGAAGACCUGUGGAAGCGAGGAAUGUGUCACGGACCUACUAGUUUUUUUUCAAUCAUUCAAGCGAAGCCGGUAGCCGAGAGGCACGUCACUGUAUGUCUUGCGAAUUUUAAACCUCGUGUAAUGGCUUGUUUCAAAACCUGCAGCGUGCGGAAUCACAUGUCAGGAAACGUUGAUAUAACCUAUAAAUCGAGUUGCGUCGAACAAAAAAAUGUCUUUGCGACGGUUCAUGCAUCCGAGGAACAAGUACAAGCAGGAGCCAAAUUUCAAGCAACUAGCCAUACUUUAUCCGGAGUUUCGUAAAAUUGCGACAACGGAUCUCGCGGGAAAGGUGCGGAUUAAUUUCCAUGAUCUAGAAACCUUGAGAAUACUGACCAAAACCCUUCUAAAACAUGAUUAUGAUUUGAACGUAGAUCUACCAGCCACAAAGCUGGUCCCAGCCGUACCUCUGCGUUUGAAUUACGUACUCUGGAUAGAGGAUUUAGUGAAGCACGCCGGUAUUACAGACAUGUCUUUGAUUUCUGGCAUUGACAUAGGCACUGGAGCGGUGUGCGUCUAUCCAUUGUUAUUUGCAAAGAUCUAUGGAUGUAGAAUGAUCGGCACAGAAGUUGAUUUGGAAAGUUACGAGUCUGCGGUGCGUAAUGUAAAUAGCAACAACUUGCAUGACCUCGUUGAAGUGAUACGUGUAAACAGAGGUACGGUACUCAGAGGGUCAGUACCUGAGAACAAUGUAUAUACAUUCACAAUGUGCAAUCCGCCAUUCUUUUGUGCCGAAGAGGACACGGCCACUGGAUCAAAACCUUCAGGUUCCCGAAUGCCCCCGCGAAACGCACCAUCUGGGAGCGAAGCUGAACUGGUCGUAGAAGGCGGGGAAAUACAAUUUGUUUUGAAAAUGUUGAACGAUAGUGUCGAGCUGAACAAUAAAAUAAAGAUCUAUACAACUAUGCUUGGUAAAAAGACUAGUCUUACAUUUUUGUGCAAUGAAUUCAAGAAACGAAAUAUCGAAAACUCUACAUGGACUGAAUUUUGUCAGGGUCAUACAACUAGAUGGGGUCUAGCUUGGACUUUUCUGUCAAAAGAUGUGCUGGACUUGACAACUGCACCAGUCAUAAGAAUUAGCGGAUGCAGCAAAAAAUUAAAACAGAAAGCUAAACGACCUCCGUCAGAAAUAACUUUCCCUGUAAGAGAUGGCAUGACAGAGACUAAGGAAUUAGUUUUAAUACUGAGACUUUUAUUCAAUGAGUUGAAGAUCCGAGUUGAAGAAUUACAUGUGAAUCCGCAAGAAUCGAGUUACUGGUGUUGCCAAUUGAUGGCUGAUGAGGACACAUGGUCACAUGGACGCAGAAAGCGUCGAAUGAUGGCUAAUCAAAGUUUACCAUCUAAAAGGCCUUGCCCAGAUAUAUUUUCUGAGAAUGAUUCUGAGAAACAAGAAGCCUUGGAUGCAUCUUUCGGAGAUGAUUCUGAAAGAGAAGAAAAGACUACAGCGUUGCCAAAUGGUGUGAAUACUCAGCCCGUCAAAGGAUCGUUUUUAAUUUGCGAUUUGGUUGUGGGGGAGAUCGAACCUAAUGAUAACGAAAAGAAAUUGAAAAUAUCAAUGAUAUUUGAAAGUGGUUCUGGAGGUAGAAAUGCAUUGGAAACGUUACGACAGUAUUUUAUAAAUAAGUUAAACGUAAGGGAGUUCAUAAAAGCUCAAAGCUCAGUUAAAAAUAAACAAAGAAAGCGACGAGUCAAACUGAAAAAGGAUAAGACGUAAGAUCGUUUAACGUAUCAAUGAGUUUUGAAGAUAUGACAGAACCAUUGUAAUUAUUACAUGGAUACUGUGAACGGACAUAAUAAAACUUAAGUUCUUAGUUUGUAACGAACGUAGUUGCUUGUCUGCCCUGCUAUCUGAUCUAUUCGUAACUACUAAAUCUACAAAAAAAACAACAUCAAAUGUGUAGUAGAAUGUGAGAAAUUUAUUGAUUAUUUCAAACAAACAUUAAAAAAUGUUGUAUUCAUUUUGCUCAUAUUUCAACGAGCGAGAGCAAACACGCAUUUCAUAUAAAAUGGUUUUAUUCACGUGAUGAUUUUUACCAAAUUACAUAACAGAUAAUAUAUGUAUAUCAGGUAUUUAAUGUUUAUCCUUACCGACUAACAGUUUUUAUCAUUGUUCAAUCUUCCUAACGAGUGCGAGAAUAAUAUUACACUAGAUACUAAGAGAAAAAAAAACCAACAAAAACAAAUUAACGAGUGAAGAAAGUUUCUUCCCAUUUU